GGAAAACAAGUUGCUGGCACCGCCUGACAGAUCCACAGCAGAUCUGAGAUUUAUCGCAUCAUCACAUCUAACCCUAAAUGACUGCUUCAGUCCGAARACAGGGAGUCUGAAUCCAGGUCGGAGUGAAGGAGUUCCGUCUCUGCUGAUGCUUCGGGGAUAAAUCAAUUCCUUUAUCUUUCAUCUUAUCUCAUCGCCAUCUCCAUCUGCCCACCCCCCCUCCUCUGCGCAACUGAGCCGGACUGGACCCGCUGGAUGGCUGCUGCACUUAACGAACCGGUGUGAAUAUUUUCCUUCUUUCCCCCCACCCCAUCCUCCUCAUCCUCCUCCGAGACUGAGCAGCAACACAGCAGCAGCAAACAAUGGCAGACCAGGUGAGCCAGGAGYCMUGCCCCGUCCCAGAAGCCACGGUGGUGGAUCCGUGCCCGGGCGCGGUGCGGAACGGCCAGUGCGCCCCCGAUGGCUUCACCAACCACCACCAGCAGCAGGCAAAGACCCCCACUGAGCCCGAGACCCUCACUGGGAGCCAGGAGAUGAAGAUUACAGACGCUGUGGACGGAGAAGGUCUCCUGGAGAGCAGCAUGCGCCUGAAGCCCCACGAGGCCCAGAACUACAGGAAGAAGGCUCUCUGGGUGUCCUGGAUCUCCAUCGUGGUCACACUCAUUUUGGCCGUGGCAGCUUUCACUGUUUCCUUCAUGAGACACAGCGCGUCAGCUUUUGGAUUUGCUUUUGACGCCACGCUGGACGUCAUGUCGUCAGCCAUCGUCUUAUGGCGCUACAGCAAUGCGGCGGCUGUGCACUCUGCACACAGGGAGUACAUAGCGUGUGUCAUCCUGGGGAUUGUGUUUGUUCUUUCCUCCCUGUGUAUUCUUGGAAAAGCCAUUCAUGAUCUGGCAACAAGGAUGCCUCCAAAAGUGGAUGACUUCCUCUUCAGCGUAUCCAUAGUGAGUGGGCUCUCCUGUGCCAUGCUGGCUGUGGCCAAGUUCAUGCUGGGAAAAAAGCUGACCAGUCGGGCACUCAUCACUGAUGGCUUUAACUCUCUGGUCGGAGCUAUCAUGGGAUUCUCCAUUCUGAUCAGCGCUGAAGUCUUCAAGCAGCACCCCGAUGUCUGGUUCCUAGAUGGAACCAUCGGAGUCCUGAUCGGACUCAUCAUUUUGGCGUAUGGAGUCAAGCUCCUGAAAGACAUGGUGCCACGAGUCAGACAGACGAGGAAUUACGAACGCUUCGAGUGAAAGAGCCGAAAGCUGAUUGGAUGAGCCGUUUUAGACAAACACACACACACGCACACACACACCUGGGUGCCUCCUGCCCUCUUCUCUCUUGUCUUUCAUACGCUCUUACAUAACUUGCAGAUUUAUAAACACAGCACACACACACUCUCACACACACAUCUCCCUAUACUUACAAAUAUGUGAAUAUAUGUGCACAUAUGCUGUACAUAGUGUACAUAGUACAUUCAUAAAUUCACACGUCUGAGAGACUUUGAGAAAACAUGAGAAAAGAAAGAAUUCCUCUUUUUUGUCACUUAUUCUCUUUUAGCUUUUUUUGCGCUAAACACCCUGGAAAUGUUAUAGAAGGAAUUUAUUUAGACAGGCAGUAAAAAUGCUGGUUAGAAAACAAUAAUUAGGCUAACAUUUUAUUUAUUUAAUAUUUUUUGUUUUUAAAUCCAAAUUCAUCAAAUGCAAUGCCUGAAAAAAUGUUCUUUCUAGUUUACUGAAUAAGAUGUUAAAUUAGCUUUACGAUAAUGCAACAAUACAUUAAACAACCUAAUAUGUGAGUAAGUGUAAGUAUUCAUAAUGGAUAUUUGCCUGGUGUACUAGGUACUUGCCUAAUACAGUAUACUAAGUACAUAUCUGGUAUGUACUGACUGGUAUUUACUGUGUAUGUGGCACACAAGCACAGAGUAACAAGUUACUUUAUAAUACAGCCUGAAUGCAGUGUUGUAUAAAGUACCUGAAAGUGAUACUUGAGUAAAAGUACAAGUUUCUUAUCAUAAAAUUACUUUGA